AUGGCGCCGCGCACCAAGAAGCCGGAGCGCCGCCCCUCCGUGUCCUAUCUAACGGACACGCUGCCGUCGGCGCUCCCGCCCAUCUUUGAGCAGGCCCAGAACACGACCGCAAGCCACCGCAAGAACAUUGUACAGCUGUUCAAGGUCCAGAAGACGUGCGCCGAGGUUACCGAAGAGACAGAGAAGGGCAUACGCCUGGUCGGGGAGCGCGCAUUCAACGCCCUCUUCAUCAACAUGAUUAAUCGCGUGCUACCUGUCAAGAAGCGCGUUGCUGUCGCCGACCGCGUCGUCAGGUUUGUCGCGAGCUACGUCGCCUACACCACCGAGCAGGACACAAUUGAGGAGGAGGACGGCGACAGCAUGUCGCAGCGGUUUGUCGCCAAGCUCGUCCGGCACCUACUGGCCGGAGCCGAGGCCAAAGACAAGAGUGUGCGCUUCCGCGUCACGCUCAUGCUGGCGUCGCUGAUCAACGGCCUGGGAGAGAUCGACGACGACCAAUAUGUCGCCAUCAGGCAAGGGCUCCUCGACCGUGCGCGUGACAAGGAGUCGGCGGUGCGUGUGCAGGCAGCCCUUGGCCUUGCCAAGCUCCAGGCGGGCGAGAACGUCGACGACUUAGAGGACGGGGAGGAGUCCAUCGCCGAGGUCAUCCUGGACCUUCUCCGCCACGAUCCCGCUGCCGAGGUGCGCCGUGCGGCGCUCUACAACCUUCCCCGCAGCAGCGCCACCCUCCCCGUCAUCUUGACUCGGACACGCGACAUUGAUCCCAUCCUCCGCCGCACUGUCUUUCACGGCAGCUUCAGCAGCGCUUCAAUGCCGGACGCACGUGUUCUCACCAUAACUCAGCGCGAGGAGGCGGUCCGCAAUGGUCUCGGGGAUCGCGAGCCGAGUGUGCGCAAGGCGGCAGCGGGGAUGAUCGGGGGCUGGUUCGACCAGGCGGAGUGCGACCUCCUCGAGUUUCUGAACCGCUUCGAUGUCGUCUCAGGCGAAGUCGCUGAGGAGGCGCUGCUCAGCCUCUUUGUCACGCGCCCAGAAACGCUGGAAAACAUCGAUUUCCCUGAUGAGUGGUGGGUCAACCUCUCGCCAGAGAAGGCAUUCCUCGCGCGCGUGUUCGCCGAGUAUUGCGUGUCGAAUAAGGACGAGUCACGCCUCGAAGACGCCAUGCCUGUGGUUACAGCACUUGCCUUCCGCAUCCAGGACCAGUACAACGAGCUGGUGAACGUUGCGGGCAACGAGGACGACAUGCAGGAGAAGUCGUUCAUUGUCGGCGAGCUCCUCCGCCUCGCCCUAACCUCUGACUACGCGGACGAGACAGGACGUCGAAAGAUGUUUGCAAUGUCGCGCGAGAUGAUCGCUAUGCCCGACCUUCCGGAUGCUCUCAUCCCGCGUUGCCUCGAUGUGUUGAAGAAGAUCUCGACAUCGGAGCGCGAUUUGAUCCGCCUGAUCGUCGACGUCGUGACCGAGCUGCGCAUGGGUGACGGCGAUGUCGAGGACCCCGAUUCAGCCGGUCGGUCGAGCAGCGUGGGUGUAUCCCGCCCGGCCCCAGAGGAGCAGCACGCGGCGGCACUGAUCGACUUGCGCUGCCUGAACAUCUGUAUCGGGUUGCUCGAACGUGUCAACACACCACUGCAGGAGAACUCGGUGUUCCACGGUCUCCUGCCUGACCUGAUCAUCCCGGCCGUCCGCAACAAGGAUGAGCCAGCGCUACGUGACCAGGGCAUCGUCUGCCUUGGUCUGUGCUGCAUGAUUGAUGAGAAGAUGGCCGCUCAAUCCUUCGGUCUCUUCAUCCAGCAGGUGGCAAGCGCAGAUGAUGAGCUCAAGGUCAAGGUCGUGCGGAUCAUCUUUGACCUGUUCAUGGUGCACGACAUCCCGGCAAUGUUGGAGGACACCAUCGGGGCACACCGCAUCGCUGAGCUCGUGCGCCACAUGGUACUCCAGGACGCGCCAGCCGUGCAGGCCGCGGCUUGUGAGGGUGUCGCCAAGCUCAUGCUCGCGGGCAUCGUAGAUGACACGGACGUGCUCCAGACCGUCGUCAUGCUCUACUUCUCCCCCGACACGGCGGACAACCAACCACUGCGCCAGUGCCUCACCUACUUCCUCCCUGUGUACUGCUACUCGUCGAGUGAGAACCAGGCCCGCAUGUUGUCCAUCUUCAACGAUACGCUCAAUCACGUCUCUACCUUUGCGGAGGACUUUGAGGGGUCACCCGACCUCCUCCCGCUCGCACAGAUGGGUCUGAUGAUGGUCGACUGGCUCGACCCCGAGAAGGCAGUGGGAAAUCACGUUGAUAUCGGGAUGCACCUCGACCUUGGGAUUGUGCUCCUCAAGCUCCUCUUGACCGAGACCGUGCGCGACAUUCGCAAGGCAGCCGCAGGAUAUCUCUCGAAGCUCAGCCUCCCCGAAGACGGGCAGGCGGAUAUGUGGAAGACGAAGGCCGCGUUCACCCUCAUCCAGGCCGUCAGGGAUAAACGCCCAAUGUCCGAGGUAGCACCGCGGAAAGCACUGGAGCGCUUCCAGGCCACCCUGCUCAAGCAGUACCGCGAGUUGGAGGGGUACGACGAGGACGCGUUCCGCGCCGACGGCGACGAGCACGAGGAGACGUCCGAGUUGUGGGGUUUCAUUGACGAUAUCGACGAGAUCCCCGCGUCGCCCGUCAAGCGAGGGAGCCGCGCGACAUCGCGCGCACGAUCGUCCGCUACACCAAGCGGGGCCUCCGACUCUGACACGCCCGUCAGGUCACGGCGAGUGCCGCAGACUGUGGUUGAGGAGGACGAGGAGGAAGACGACGACGUGGACGCCAUGCUGGACAGUGACUAG